ACAAACAGCUGGUAUAACUUUUUACGUACGUAGGCCGUCCUUUCCGACAAAAAGCUGGUAUGUCUCUAUAAAUAUGCAACCAUUUCCCUUAUACUUUAUCUUGUGAUUUGCUUUAUACCAAGGGCAUCUUUCUGUUGGCUAUUUAAUACAUUUACUGCAGUGACAAAAGAACAAUGGGAAAGUUUCUGAUAACAUUUUUGCUGUUUGUAUUGAUAAUAGUGUUUAUAAAAGCAUCGAAAUCGAAGCCGAAUAGUGGUGAAACAAAUAAAAAUAAAUCUGCAAGUUCAAAAUCAAGAAGUUUCUCGGAUGGGAAAGGAAAGAAAAAUGAAUCUGCAAGUUCAAAAUCAAGAAGUUUCUCGGAUGGGAUAGGAAAGAAAAAUGAAUCUGCAAGUUCAGAAUCAAGAAGUUUCUCGAAAAAGAAAGGAAAGGGAAACGGCAGAUGUAAUGACCACGAACAGUGUCCUGAUGGCUAUGCAUGCUUAUUGGCAGAGGGGAAAAAAGUGAAGAAAUGCCUUCAGUGUAAUUGUUCGGAGACAAGCCAAUGUUAUCUUGAAAGGGAAACGACGUUCUGCAAUUGCUCAGGAACUGGGUUCACAGGACAAUAUUGUGAAACAAGUGAAUGUGAUAUAAUUUGCUUAGAAUUUAAAUUUCUUUUAAAAGAAAAAAACUUCAGCCUUUCAAUUUGCUUUAGUCUUUGUUUUUCCAUAACAAGAUUCUUAUGUAUUGAUUGUAUAUUUAACUGACAUGCUAACUUACUUUUAAGAUAUUAUUCAUUUUUCAACCGAGACAUAUUUUUAAAA